CUGGGGCGGUUGUGUAACGCCGCCUCCGCGCCGCUGCCCCGGGACGGGCGACGAGACGGGGCCGGCGAAGGUCCCCGGUUGGCAGCGCCCGCCGCGCUGCAUGGACUGGUACAUGAUGAACUGCGAGCUCCUGGCGACCUGCAGCGCUCUGGGCUACCUGGAAGGAGACGUUUACCACCGGGAACCCGACUGCCUGGAGAGCGUGAAGGACCUGAUCCGGUACCUGAGACACGAGGAUGAGACCCGGGACGUCCGGCAGCAGCUGGGGGCGGCUCAGAUCCUGCAGAACGACCUCCUGCCCCUCCUGGUGCAGCACUCGCAGGACAAAGGGCUCUUCGAUGCCAUCGUCAGGCUGAUGGUGAACCUGACCCAGCCGGCGCUGCUGUGCUUCGGCAAAGUGCCGGCAGAUGCCACCUCCAGGCACCACUUUCUCCAGGUCCUGUCCUACCUCCAGGCCUACAAAGAGGCCUUUGCCAGUGAGAAGGUUUUCGGGGUGCUCAGUGAGAAGCUCUAUGACCUCUUGCAGCUGGACUGGGAGCAGCGGCAGGAGGAGGACACGCUGCUCAUCGAGAGGAUCCUGCUGCUGGUGCGCAACGUGCUGCACGUGCCCCCAGACCCCUCAGAGGAGCAGGGUGUGGAUGGUGAUGCCAGCGCCCACGACCGCGUGCUGUGGGCUCUGCACAUCAGUGGCAUGGAUGACCUGCUCAAGUUCCUGGCCAGUGCCCAGGCAGAGCAGCAAUGGGCCCUGCACGUCCUGGAGAUCAUCUCCCUCAUGUUCCGUGACCAGAGCCCCGAGGAGCUGGCGGUGCUGGGGCAGGGCCAGGAGGGUGCUGAGCACAGGGAGGACACGCGGGAGCUGCAGGCGCUGCGGCACAGGGAGGUGGCGGAGAAGAGGGCUCGGGCACUGCAGCGCCCGUCCAGACACUCCCGUUUCGGCGGCUCCUACGUCCUGCAGGGGCUGCGGGCGCUCGGGGACCGCGACGUCGUGUUCCACAGAGGCCUCCACCAGCUGAAGAGCUACAGCCAUGACCUGGGGAAGGAAGCGCGGCGGGUGCCGCGGCGGCGCCAGGCGGCUGCUGAGGCCGGACCCUCGCGGCGCUCUGCCCGCAACGUGCGGCUCUUCCUCUGCCAGUUCUGCCAGGACUUCUUGGAGAGCUGCUACAACCGCCUCAUGCUGCUGGUCAAGGAUCAACUGGUGAGGGAGAAGGCUCAGCAGCACGAUGAGACUUAUUACCUGUGGGCCACAGCCUUCUUCAUGGCCUUCAACCGGUGCCGGGGCUUCCGUCCCGAGCUGGUGUCGGAGACGGUGGGUGUCCGCGCCUUCCACUUCAUGGAGCAGAACCUCACGGCUUACUACGAGAUGGCACUGAUGGAUAAGAAGGAAGCAGCCACCUGGGCACGAAGGAUGCAUUUGGCCCUGAAGGCGUACCAGGAGCUGCUGCGGACGGUGCAGGAGAUGGAUCGGCACCCGGAGCAGGCUGUGAGGGACAGCAGCCAGGUCAUCAAGAGCAACAUCUUCUACCUGAUGGAGUACAGGGAGCUUUUCCUGGCGCUGUUCCGGCGGUUCGACGAGGCGAAGCAGCCGCGCGGGUUCCUGCGGGACCUGGUGGAAACGGCGCAUCUGUUCCUGCGCAUGCUGGAGCGCUUCUGCCGCGCCCGCCGAGGCCUCGUCGUGCAGAGCAAACGUGUGAAGAGGAAGAAGAAGAAGCCACCAGCAGCUGCAGCUCUGACCCAGCAGCCCCUCAGCACCGCAGAGCUGGAGGAGCUGUGGGCAGGAUUGACCCCACAGCUCCAGGGCUGCCUGCAGGGAGACAUCCCCCUUCCUGAGGACGUGGUGCCUUUCGACGCAGCCUCGGAGACGCCGGUGGAGGAGCAACGAGCUGAGGCCGUGCUGCAGAUCCAGCGCUGCCUCCGGGGCUCCCACGGCCCCCAGGCCCUGAGCCUGCUGCGCUCUGCCCGGGAUGUGUGGCCUGAAGGGGAUGUGUUUGGGCCCCCUGACGUGGGACCGUCCCAGGAGAUGCAGCUGCUGAGGGAGAUUCUCUUGGCUCCUCUGCCCCGGCACGAGCCACCCGAGGCUGAGGAGCAGGAGGAAGAUGAGGAGGAGGAUGAGGAAGAGGAAGAACAGACUGUGCAGGUGUCAGAGAAGGAGUUCAACUUCCUCGACUACCUGAGACGGUUUGCCUGUGCCCCCGUGGUGCGGGCGCUGGUGCUGCUGCUCCGCGGCUACUCCCGCAACAGCCCCCGCACCAACCACUGCGCGGCGCGGCUGCUGCACCGCCUGGCCCGGGACCUGCGCAUGGAGGGGCUCCUCUUCCAGCUCUCCCUCUUCUCCCUCUUCCAUCGCCUCCUCAACGACCCUGCUGCAGCUGCACACCAGGAGCUGGUGGCUUUGGCUAAAUUCAUCCUGGGCAAGUUCUUUGCUCUGGCAGCCACCAACAAGAAAGCUUUUGUGGAGCUGCUCUUCUGGAAGAGCCCAGCAGCUGCCACCGAGAUGAUCAAGGGCUACAGCUCGAUGCAGGAUGAGGAGGGCCCUGCCAGGAGCCGUGUUGCCCCCUGGACCCCUCAGGAGGAACAGGAGCUGCGGGAGCUCUACUGGAAGUACAAGGAGGUGGAAGGGGAGGAUGUCAUCGCUGCCAUCCUGCCCCAUCUCCCGGCGCCGGGGCGCACACGCAGGCAGGUGGUGAAGCAGCUGGUGAGGAUGGGCCUGGCCAGCAGUGCCAAAGACUUCCCACGGCAGAGGAAGGGCACCAACCUGGUGCUGUGGACUCCGGAGCAGGAGGAGGAGCUGACACGGCUCUUUGAGGAGUUCCAAGGCUCUGAGGACGUCCUGGGGAGCAUCAUGAAGCACCUGACGGCGCGGCGGUCGCGGGCUCGUGUGGUGGAGAAGCUGCUGGGGCUGGGGCUGGUGGCAGAGCGCAAGGAGCUCUACAAGAAACGCAAGAGGAAGAGCCACAGCCCUGGGAUGGCUGCAGCGGGUGCCCCAGCAGUGCCAGCCCAGGACAGCUCAGCAGAGGACAGUGAGGAGGAGGAAGAUGAGGAGGAGGAUGAGGAGAAUGAAGAGGAGGAAGGUCCCAUGGAGGAGCAGUGGGCAUCUGAGGAAGGGACUGGCCAGGGCCUGGCUCAACGCCUUCAUCAGGAAGGCCUGGCUGGGCCCCUGCACUGGCUGCAGAACUGCCUGAGGAGGACAGCCCAGGACCGUGAGGAAGACGGCAUCUCCCACCCGGUGCCGUUGGUGCCGCUGUCGGAGGAGAACGAGGAUGCCAUGGAGCACCGGCGCUUCCGCGCCCUGCUGCGGCAGCUGGGGCUGCGGCCCCCUGCCAACGAGCAGGAAUCCUUCUGGCGCAUCCCGGCUGCCCUGAGCCCGCAGCAGCUCCGUCGCGCCGCUGCAGCCAUCGCCCAGCGUGGCCCUGACCCUGCAGCAUCCUCCCAGGACACUGCUCCAGCUGAGCAGCCACCACCAGCACUGGGCUCAGACUCAGAGAGUGAGGACACUGGCCCUGGCCCCGGCCCCAGCCCGGUGCAGUCAGGUCCCAAGAGACGACGGGAGCUUGACAGUGAGGAUGAGGAUGGCUCAGCCACAGAGAUGCCCCCCACAGCCCCCCCCUUGCAGGAGGAUGAGGAUGAGGAUCCCCAGCCCCGAGGGCGGCGGAAGCGCAUCCGCUGCCUGGAGGAGGAGGAGGAGGAAGGUUGAGGGUCUCAUCCUGUACCCUGGGCUGUUUUCUGGCCGUGCUGGAGGUUGUGAAGCUGUUUUGAAGGGUGCUGGGACCAUAGGUGCUGUCUCUCCCCACCCCCUUUGUUUGCCCUGGUGUUUCCAUGUCCCUGCUUUACCCCCAACUCCCUCAGUUCCUUUUCUUUGGGGGUUUUAUUUCUUAACACCUUUUAACUCUGGAAAGAAACCGACUCAAUAAACAGAGCUCUGAGCCUG